CUUUUAUUCCUUCGCUUUCGCAGCCGGCCGCUUACGAACGAACUAGCCGACGAACAUUCAUUGAAAGAUGGCUAACAUUUUAAAUGUCAAAAUAUUUUUGUGGCUGUCAUUUAGUGUAAUUUUCUUAGCAAAUGGUUUAAAUGGUGAUAGAAUCACCGAAAAAAUUUAUCAACGAAUUGACGAGGGUUUUAGCUGUUUUCGAAGGCUGAAUGGAACUCAUCAAAUUGGUUGUUCAUCAUCUCAGUCCGGAAAUGUAGGGGUUGUUCACUAUUUGGAAAAGAAAGCUGACUUUGACUGGCUUCUCGAAACUGGCCCUGAUGCUCCAUAUGUGGUUUUGUUACCUCCAGACUUAUUUAGGAGGGAACACUUGAUGACUUUGAAAAAUUCUGGCAAAAUUGCUGGAGUAGUGGUUUUGAACCAAACUGACACUACUUUACGCAAUCCAGCUCCUAAACCACCUUAUUCAAAUGACCUUACAUGUCCCAACAAGAUUACUGGGCUGUAUAAAGAAGAUGCAUUUUCUUCCUACUGUGAUUCUAACCCAUGGAACCCUGCUGGAGAUGGACUUUUAUUUGAAAAUUUCAAAUUUCCCAUCUAUUUCAUCAAUGAAACAAAGCUAAAUCAAUCAGUCCUUCUUGAUGAUUGCUAUCACAAGUUCAACCGACCGAUUGAAGGUACGCCCCCCAGCUACCCUUUGUGUGCUAUUGAACUGAAAGCUUUCAUGUGGGCCGCUGUUGAUACACCUACGUGUCUUCGGCGUGGACGUCUCAACAUGAUGUUUAAUCCACAGCCUUCCGAAUACUGUGAUCCUUUGGGAAAUGUCAACAUAUUCGUCCCUGUUUUGGCCGCUAACAAAAGCGAUGGGCCCGUUGCCAACCGCUCGAUCAUCUUCGUUUCUACUCGAAUGGACAGUGCUUCAAUAUUCGACGGCCUCUCAGUUGGAGCCGAUUCGGCCAUUACAGGGAUGGCGACGCUUGUAGCCAUAACAGAUAUGAUUUAUCAAUUCAAAUCUAAUAUCCGCGAUGGGGAUAUUCAAAACGUCUUUCUAGUAUUUUUUAAUGGUGAAGCUUUCGACUACAUUGGAUCUGGCCGCAUGGCCUACGACAUGAGUUUAGGAAAGUUUCCGAAACCGUUGAAAGAAGAAAAUCCUUCGCAAAGUCCCCUUAUUGGCCUAGAACAUGUCAAAUACUGGAUUGAGCUCGGUUCUCUAGCUCCUCAAGCAGGCACCAAGGUUUACCUACACACGGAUCCUAAAUCAAGAAAUGAUACCGAAGUCGACAGCAAAGUGAAAGAUUUAAUCAACAUUCUUCUAAAGAACCGGGGUAACCUUACAACCGAGUCUGUUGAUGCGUCAAUCCCACUGCCACCAGCCUCACUGCAGAGUAUUCUCAAAAAAGAUUUGAGCAUCCCUGGAGUCUUCAUCUCCAACCACAAGAGCGCAUUUACAAACCAAUUUUAUAACAAUGAAUGGGAUACAUUCCAGACAAUAAGUUCUUACAAGCUGUCGAAACACUUGGCUGAGGUUGCCCGUACUGUAUCAGCGUCCAUCUACGAGCUGGCCACAGGAAAACAAAUGCCGUCGAACUUUCAAGUUAACGAAACUCUGGUGGAAAGUACCCUUGAGUGCUAUCUUGUGAAUGCCAAUUGCAGCCUCUUCAACUGGCUCCUGAAUGGCAGGAGCAAUUUGGCCGCAGAGGGCGUUUUGCCGACAUAUGUGGGAGUGUCUCAUGGAGAUGGGGCCUACAAGGCUCUUUCAUUGCGUACCCGACACCUUUUGGCGAUGAUAAGCGGAGAGACACUUGAUAUUAACAAGACAGGGUGCAUUAAUAGUGACCACAACGAAAUUUACCACUAUUACUGGUUAGGCGAAUCAGAAUCGAACAAUGCUAGUGGAACUUGUUACCGCAGCACUGUUAAAACGUCACAUGCCGUCAGUCCAGCCUUUGAAAUCGAGAAUUACGACUGGGCGUCGGGAGAAUACUCUUCAUGGACAGAAUCGAGAUGGGAAACCUUUUCUGUCCGAAUAUUUCUAAAGGCCUCCUCACUCCAGGCGGUGUCCAUAUUCGUUUUUGGCGUGGUGGUCCUUUUGCUUUCUUUCGCCGUAACUUAUUGGGUGGAAACGAACUCAGUCCUUCUUUUCCCCGCGAGGUAACAUUUUUCUAUUUUCUCAAAUUCCGGUUUAAAUGGCAAUCGGAAUGAUUCAACAGCUGAAAAUGACUCGCCUAGUCAAUUGGGCCCAGGUGCCACUUUCACGGUGUAUAUUCUAAUGGAGGAUUUGAUCGACAAGAUGAAGCUCCUCCAGUACGAGACCGAGUUCGCCAAGGAGUUUAACAUUAAACCACUUUCAAGGCAUUACUUUGCUAUCGCUACCAACCCAGGGGAGCAAUUUUACAUGUUCGUCAUCACAGCUGCAUGGCUGAUUAGAAAAGGCAAGAAAAAGUUUGACACUCCGCAGGAAUCUGACGAUCCGAAUGCGACAAUAUCGAACAUCCUAGAUAACGUUCGCCGUCUGGGUGUUGCCAUCGAAUUUCCACCAAAUCGGCUCAAGCAAGGCUACGGCGAGCACGUAGUGUUCAUUCUGGACCGAUUGGCGGAUUAUGCCUUGAAAGUCAACAACUUUUUAUGGGAUCAGCCACAGGAGCAGAACGAAGAGGAAGUUGUCGAGGAGGAAAACGGAAGCGGAGAUGAACUUGAUUUGGACCAGGUAGAAGAGGAAAUGGCUGCUCAAUAUGGCAGUGACGACGACGAGUACGAUAAGAAUUUCUUCAACAUAAACAUUCAAUCUAUCACGCCUCACGUGAGUCAAAUGAGAGCAGAAGUUUUGGAAUCGGACGGAGAUGCCGAAGCAUGGAAAAUCGAAGUGGAACGAGUCAUUCCUAGACUUAAGCUUGCCAUGAAGCCUGACCCCCGGGACUGGCGGUCACGGUUAGAUUUGCUGUAUAAAUACAGCGCCAGUGUUUCAAACACGAUGAGCUCGUCUCGAAUGAUGCUGCAAAAGAUCAGUACAGAUAUCGAAAAGAACAUGGAACGUGUGGAAACAAGAGAGAAAUAUUUAAAUUCUCAGCUGAAUGGCUUGCUCAAUCAAUACAGCAAGACCCAGGAACAGCUGAAACAAGUAGAAGAAAAAUACAGCAAAUUCAGCGUCGGGAUAGAGGAGCGGAACCAAAAACUGAACCAAGUGAACGACGAAAUUCAACACAUCAAGAACGAGCUCGAUGAACGUAGUCUCAACAUGACGGACGGAACUCCGCUGGUUAACUUGAAGAAAGUCUUGAUACGAAUAAAAGGGGAACUGACUUUGAUGGACGUACGAAUCGGUGUAGCAAGUCAUAUAUUACUGCAAGCCCGGAUGAAACAAUCAACAGCUCUCCAACAUCUACUGCUAGCAAAUUCAACGACAGCCAUCACUCGAUAGAUCAAAUCUUCAGAUGGGGAAUGAUUUGGGAGAAACAUUAGUGCUGGUCGCAUAGAGCACGAGCCAUUAAGGCGACUUUCUGGGCCCGUUGAAUUGCGUCACCACUCUUGGCUCGACGCAUAAAUCUACAAUCUUGAAAGUAGCCUUCGUGGCGUGGGAAACCAUUG